AAGAAGAUACUGUUCCUUCAAUGAUUACACGGUUUUGCCCCUUUGCCCGGCCACUCGCCCUCGCCGUUGCGUGGUGUUUUUGGGGACGACGCCGUCGUCGCCAGCCAGCUUCAUGUGGCUCUGCGCUGCCUCCUUCCUCCCUCCCCGCCCCUCCAGAGUAUUUAGCCUUGCCUACUGCUGACACAGCGCUCCCGCGGGCGUUGUAUGCGCGCAAUCCUCCCGUUCCACCCCACAACUAAUCUCUCGUUGCCGAGCUCAGAGAAAGGAAAUCUCCUCUUCUUGGUGUUCGGUUUUGCAUCGAUUUAUUUAGUUUCCGGGUCUUGCGCCCUGCGCAGAUCCAACGGUGGGGGAAUCUUUCGUCGUGGGGGUUGAAUUGUAUCGAUUUCGAUCCGUUUGUUCACGGUUUGGGGCGUCUGAUCCGAAAGAUGGGAGCUUUCAUUGGGUUCUCUCUCCUGGAGCAUUUGUGUUUGUAAGCGACAAAGAUGCUCUACUUGAAGCAGCCGACGAGGAGCUGAACAACCACGGUGUGUCUUUGGUUUUUCUCAAUUUCUUGAGGACUGGUGUUCAUUUGUCGAUCUGAUCCGAUGGAGGCUAUGACGGGUGGCAAAUUCCUCCAAAAGUUUCGGCUCUACGAAACCAGAUCGAACCGCGUGAUGGAUGUCCUUUACGACAGGUUCAGUUCAAUUAGGUUACGGGAAAGGGUAAAGGGCUGCCAAAAAGUAGAGGAAGAUCCUUCCUUUUGUUUCUUUUGCUGGGAGGCAGGAGAAUGAAAACAAAAAGGCUGUUCCUUCUUUUGCUAUUCUCUGCAAUUCCUUCAGGCAUAUUAAACGUUUGCUCGAAUGAUGUUUCAGUUUUACUAUUAUGUAGAUUUGCUCCUAUUGUGUAACAGCCUUUUAACUUUUACUGUGAAUCCAAUGCCAAAAUAUAAGCUUUCAGCUACCAAUUUUGUAUGCACAAGUUUUUUCCAAAGUUUCAAGGAUAGCUAGCUCUACAAUUUGGGCAUGAAGAUUUGGAUACUUGUACAUUAGACAGUAGAUGUUGUUCGAUAUUUGUCCAUAGCGUACUGUUCCAUUGAUUUACUGGAGAUGGUUUUAAUGUUGAAACUUAUAUGCAUUUUAUCUAAUGUCCAACUGUUUGCUGUUAAUAUGUUUACGCCUCUUUGGUGUAGAAAUUUUAUCUUAUUGGAAGAGACAAGAGCAGGAGUCACUGGAGGGUGCUAAAGAUUGAUCGCUUGGAGUGUGCUGAGCUGGGUGUCGAGGAGGAUCCAACUAGUUACACAGAGAAUGAAUGCCAAGAACUGCUCUGGCGGAUUCAUGAGGGGAAUAGGUUGACUGGUGGACUGAAAUUCGUCACAAAAUGCUAUGGAAUAGUUGGUUUUGUAAAGUUUCUUGGUCCUUAUUACAUGGUUGUAAUAACCAGGAGAAGGAAAGUUGGCACAAUAUGCGGCCAUGAGAUCUAUUCCAUUGGCAAGAGCGAAAUGAUCGCAAUUCCAAGUGUUAUAGUCUGCCCCAACGUGGCUUAUUCUAGGGAUGAGAACAGAUAUAAGCGCCUACUUUGCUCGGUUGAUCUUUCGAAGGAUUUCUUCUUCAGCUACUCUUACAACAUCAUGCGCAGCCUUCAGAAGAACAUAACCGAGAAGAAUACUGGACAGGUUGUUUAUGAAACAAUGUUUGUAUGGAAUGAGUUUCUGACACGGGCAGUCCGGAAUCAUCUCAAGAAUACCAGUUGGACUGUUGCCUUAGUCCAUGGAUUUUUUAAACAGUCGAAGCUCUCAGUAUCAGGGAAGGAUUUUUGGUUGACACUUAUAGCUAGGCGCUCGCGCCAUUUUGCUGGAACGAGAUUCUUGAAACGAGGUGUUAAUGAAAAGGGCAGGGUCGCCAAUGAUGUUGAGACUGAACAGAUUGUUUUUGAAGACACAUCUGAUGGAAUCCCAAGUCACAUGGCUUCUGUUGUACAACAUAGAGGAUCAAUACCUCUUGUCUGGUUUCAGGAAACUUCAAGACUUAAUAUUAGACCAGAUAUCAUAUUAAAACCCGAUGUGGACUACAAGGCGACCCGCCUUCAUUUUGAGAACCUUGCACUUAGAUAUGGGAAUCCGAUAAUCAUCUUGAACUUAAUAAAGACCCGCGAGAAGAAGCCUCGUGAAUCUUUGCUCCGCGCAGAAUUUGCAAAGGCUAUUCAUUACAUUAAUAAGGGGCUAACAGAGGACAAACGUCUAAAAUUUUUGCACAUGGAUCUGAGUAAGCUUUCUCGAAGGAAAGGCACCAAUGUGCUUGCACUGUUGAACAAGGUGGCAUCCGAUGUGUUGGAUCUAACUGAAUUCCUCCACUGCGAAAUAAGUACAUCAGCAAAAUCUGAGGGUGCCCCAAGUGGUGAACGAACCGUUGCCAAACCACGUGAUGACAAAUGUAGCAGUGAUCAAAGCGAAUGUGUAGCUAAGUUGGUACCUCUUUUGUUACAGAAGGGUGUCCUCAGGACAAAUUGCAUAGACUGCUUGGACCGCACAAAUGUUGCACAAUUUGCAUACGGUUUAACUGCUUUAGGGCGUCAACUUCAUGCUCUGGGGAUUAUUGAAUCACCUAAAAUUGAAUUGCAUGCUCCUCUGGCUGAUGAUCUGAUGGAUUUCUAUGAACGGAUGGGUGAUACAUUAGCUAUUCAAUAUGGUGGUUCUGCCGCUCACAACAAGAUCUUCUGUGAGCAAAGAGGCCAGUGGAAGGCAGCAACCCAAUCUCAGGAGUUCCUUCGAACCCUGCAGCGGUACUACAAUAAUGCCUACACUGAUAACGACAAGCAGGAUGCUAUAAACGUAUUCUUAGGGCAUUUUCAACCUCAACAAGGGAAACCUGCAUUGUGGAAGCUGGACUCAGAUCAGCAUUACAACAUUGGGAGGCAAGGAACUUUAAAAGAAGAGAUUGCGAGAUCAUUCAUAAAGAGGUCGCUAUCAGAUGGUAAUAUUCUGUUGGAGAACAGCUUACCUGUAUCUAACUGCAACAAUGGAGAAAAGACAGGAUUGCUCCCUAUGCAACAACUGGAUGAUAUUAGAGAGCCUUCUGAUUCCGCACCAGAUAUCUCCAUAUGUGAACCUAACCCAAGUUCCAGUAUGAACUAUGGCACUGUGCCUGGAGGAAGGCACUCCAUGUCAGAAGAGUGGCAGAAUUAUUUGAAAAGAUUAGGCUACCCUGAGUUACAUUCUUCGAAUUUUCUUGACCUGGAUUUGCUGUCGUCUUCGGGGAAUUCCUGCGAUGAGGAAGAUGAGGAAGUUUUCGAGAGGUCGUCACUAAUCAAUUCACCUAUGGAUGAGAUCAGUGUUGAAUCAUCUACGUCAUAUAGCGAACAAGGACAUGUCGAUGAGGGAAGGGAUGACACGGACCUGUCUCGCUCAAGCAGCCAGCUCUCAGACACUAGGGACUAUUCUGAUCGCUUUGCGCACUGGAUCGCUAAUGGAGGCAUGCUUUGCUACUAGGUGGUUACUUUUUGUCUUGGUGACUGUAGAAAUUUUGAUGCAGCAGGAAAUGGCUGACAAAUAGAGCAAGAUCAAACGGCUGACUGCUAGGCGCAUCUGCCUGCACAAAAGGCGAGACUGAAGAGAUGGCGGUCAUGGGAGAAGCCUCGCACCAUCGUGGUUGUGAUCAAUGGAAGGCUUGAUGACCUUGAUAAUCAGACGAGGAGAUGGUGGCGGCUGGGGUGGGUACAGAAUUCAAUUUGCUAUGGUGAAGAAUUUGACCAUAGUUUAGACAAUAAAUAGGCCAAACUAUAUCUGAUUCUUUUAGCUUAGCUUACCCCUUUUUUUUCUCCUUUCUCCAUAGAAAUUAUCAAAAGAAAAAAGAAAAAAGGGGAAAAAAUCGUACUAAAAAAGGAGAAAAAAUGAACUAUCGAUAAAGAACACAAUUGUUGUAAAUACUAAAUAGUAUGUUACGGAAGUAUAAAUAUUUGCUGCUUAUUUCAGUCCA